CUGAAUAAACUAUUAUGUUGCAGGAAAGUGCUUGGCUAGCUGACUUGGAUCAUCUCCUAGAGUUUAGGAGAAAUAGCCCUCGCCAAGUCUGAAUCUGCUAAACCUUUAGUCUUUGCUGGCAGGAAAGGAGCACAUUAUUUUGGGAACACACAAUGGAUACAGAAGACAUGGGCUCAGGUAAACUAGGCCAAAUAUUGAAACAGGUUUGGAGACAAAACCAAAUGCUAAAGCAGGCGCUCCUGGGUGAGGACCUCUGUGAGGGGGUCGGUGGAGCCAGCUGGAUAGCUACAGUGGUCUUUCUGGGUCAAGAGCUCAGCAGUGCCCUUCAACAGCUGCUGGAGCACACUGCAGGGACCCUGAGUUGCACCUGCCAGCGGCUGUGUGCACUGCUGGACAAGGAGAAUCAGUGUGUCUGGAGACAAGAAAUUAUUACUUUCAUAGAUUGCCUCAAGAGAAUGAACGGACAUUUGGGGAACACUGCUAUGCUUCUCAAGGAAGAAGAAAAGGAGAUAUGUAAUUUAUGCAGCAUGCGUGAUGAACAUACUCCACAGCAGACAAUGUGCACCAUUCAAGACCCCAAAGCAACAGGCAUUUCUGCAAGAGGGAAACUAAAUGUCAUAGAAACAGCUACUGUUUCCAGCACAAAUGGAGAGAAAAGUCAUUACACAAACCAGGUCCAGUUAAAAAAGAAUAAAACACAUAUAAAUUCUGCAUUAGUAGAAAAUGAAAACAACACAUCACUGAGCAGAGAUGCAACAGGGCAAAAAGAGUCACAGAACACAAUGUUCCCAGAUAAUGCAGAAAACAGAGAUAAUAAACAAAUAGAACACAUGACUGCCGAGAACAUAAAUAGCAACAAGGAACAAAUUCCUGACGUAAUCCAGACAACAGAAGGAGACAUUAAAGAAACUCCAGAGAACCAAAGAGAAGAGAUGACCACAUCCUCAACAACAUGUGAUAUCUCUGAUGAAUAUGUGAAUAAUCUCGAUGAUUCAGAAAGUCUAAAUCAAAAGAAUAACAUUGUGGAAAAGGAGUAUCUCGAUGUGCUGAGUGAUGGGACAGACACCCAAGUGUCUUGUUACAUUACAGCACCAUCAUACGUUCUGCAGCAACUAGAAUGCCAGAUAAUUAACAGCAUGAGUUCUCUAAUUGUGACUGAUAAUGAAGAAUUGGUCAGCAAUGUCGUCUCUGUUGAAUGCUCAGAUAAGGAAAAGAGAAUUCCAUUUCCAAUAUGCAUCGCGAUUCCAUUUACUGCCCGUUCCAGGGGAAAUUACAGAGAUAUCCUGGUGAAAGUGUUUGACACAAACCUUCAAUCAAGUUACCUAUCCCCGACUUCACUGGAAGAAAUGAAAAGUUAUAAGGGGACCUGCGCUACAGUGAAUGUUUACAAACUGGGUGUAUUUUCCGUUGUGUCUUGUUUAAAGAAAGAGUCUUUCACAGUAGCAAAGAAAGGCCUCACCCUGAAGUCCAGCAUGGAUUCCCGAAUAUCCUUAUGUUACCCUCCAGGCGCUUUCAGCUCCUCAGUGCUGGUACAAUUAAAGGUCCAACCAGUGGACCCAUCUUUGGUGGCACAUUUAAAAACACAGCAAGAUGCUUCCUACUCAGUUCUGUCCACAAGCCCUCUGAUUCAUGUUCAGCACCCAUCAACUCACCUUUUUCAGAAGCCAGUCACAGUAUUCUUACCUUGUGCUUCACAACCUGAUAAAAAGAAUCUUGGGUCUGAGAUAGAUCAUCAAAGAACAGGUAAUGCCACAACAAACAGGACCACACCUUUAUGUUUCAAUCGGGCCAAAAGUGCAUCCAUUAGAAAACCUGGGAACAACAACUGUGAAACUCUGAAAUUACUGGGAUUCAGAAGCCAUGACAGUGGUUGGUUUGGACUUGAUAACGUUGUGGUGAGAACCAUCCAGAGUGGCUUGAUAUCGUUUGAACUGCAUGAACAUUUAGAGAGGUUUAUUGUGCUUCACCUCUCUUCCAUGGUGGACAACAGCCACUUGGUUUCUUUUGUGAAGUCUUUAGAGGAAGCCUUGCUCAGCACUACCGCCUGUGUAGUACUGUCCCACCAGAAGGACAAUCCGCACAGAGUGGUUAUUGUAGUGGUGCCUUCUAAAAAUUUAAACCAAACACUUAAGAACUUGCACUUGGAAGGGUUCAGAGGACUUCCAGAAUCAUCUCGCCAUUUCCAAAUAAGAGAAGGAGAACAACUGCUUUUAAGGUUUACUGGAAACAUAUUUGGUUCGAGCAACGGAAAGGAUUAUGGAAAAGACCACAGGCUUAUUUUCCACUUACAAAGAAAAUCCAGGCUGGAACUUCAGAUCAAAGAAGUGGAUGAAUUUGGAAACUAUAGCUGCCCUCAUUAUAAGGGGACAAUUGUAGUUUAUAAAGUACCCAAAGAAAAGAUAAUCUCUAACUUGGAUCAGUCUUUUGUGUCUAGUGAAAGCCAUUAUCAGUUGCCAAUUUGCAAAUUACCAUUGAGGUUGCCAAAGCAUGAAAAAUUGAUCCACCGUCCACAGAGUACCAAGAGAAUUUCUACAGAUCCUGUAGAAACCCUUUGGGAUAACCUGCUUCACUGGCUGGCAGAGGAACUCUCUGAAGAAGGCACUGAGGCCCUUACCUCCUCCCUCCCCCUGCGCAGCAGCACCAUGCAGCUCAUCAAACUCAAGCACCCUGAUGACCUCACAGAACAGAUCCAUGAACUUCUUUGCUUCUGGAAAAAAUCACUUCCAACCUCCACCGACAAACUUCGCCUCCUUGUUCGUCAUCUCCGUAAGAUGGGCAGGAGCGACCUUGCAGAAGGGCUCAGGUUCAAGUGGGAAAAUAAAGUGUUCACUGAACCCCAGCAGUGGUUUCCUAUGGCAGGGGAAUAAAGUUCUGCAGCUCUUCCUUUUGCUGUAGCAAGAUGUUCAUGGGUUAUAAAGAUUGCUUCUGUCAACUUGUAUUGGACAGUUUCCAAGUAACAGUGAGUGAAGUGAGUCUAUUUGGUAACUAUUUGAAAUAAAGGAAGCAGUAAUCAGACAAGAAGAAUGGCUGAGCACCACCUCACUGUUGAGUGAUGUAUGUUGUGUUAACCAUGACGAACUUCGGUGCACCCAGACUCCAUAGCAUUUGCAGUACAGUUUUCUCCAUGUACAUUUUAACAGUCAAGUCUGCUUUCUAAGUGCAAAAUAAAAGUAGGAUAUACAGAAUCACUUUUCGGGGCUGGGGAUUUAGCUCAGCGGCAAAAGCGCCUGCCU